UCGGAAGUAUACACAUAAAUAAUAUUUUAGUGAUCUUCGUUUUUAUUUGUUUUCCUCUUUUUUUUCACUUCAUCUUUGCUUAUCACUAUCUAUCCAACAGCACACACAAAAAAGCUAUCAUGAACAAUAAAGGUCAAAAUUACGAUCCUCCACCAGGCCCACCACCUCCUAUCUAUCAGCAAGGGAAUAAUAAUAAUAAUCCACCGGGACAGCAGUAUUAUCAACCCCCACCGCAACCUCCACCUGGUGGUCCACCACCUGAACCUCGAAAUGGACGUCGCAAUCCAAUUACAACGUUCUAUGCACCUCCUGAGAAUCGUUCUUUGGGCAUGAAACGUCGUUGUUGCUCGGUCAUUUGCUGUUGUAUCCUCAUUGGAUUAAUCGUCGGUCUGGCGUCAGGUCUUACACGUCGAUCUUAUUAUCGCGGAUCAGGACAAGCAUUAUGUAAUACAUCCGCGGACUGUUAUUCGCGUUAUGGUCCCGGCGUUCAAUGUUAUAAUAGACGAUGUAUCCGACGUUAGGUGUUCUUUUGCUUUUCUGUUUAAUUGUACUACUUAUGAAGACCCCAUGGAUUCUCUGCUAAAGAUAAAUAUAAUAAACACAUCUUAAAUG